AGUCCACAAGUAGCAAAGAGAGAAAGAGAGCACUGAAAAGUUCAGUGAUCUUAAACCGGAGGGAUGGUGCGCAUCUACCCUGAAUGCCGGUGCGCUUGGUUUGUGGAGCGACAUCAGUCAGCGCUCAAUUUGGUGUUGUUACUUGUCGGGUACACGAUUUACCUUUUAAUCGGCGCAUGGAUCUUCUCCGCCAUAGAGAAGCCCUACGAGCACGAACUUAAGCAGGAGCUGAAAGUGGCCCGACAGGACUUCCUGAGCAACAACAGCUGUGUGUCCGACGCGCGCCUGGAGGAGCUUCUGAUCCGCGCACUGGAAGCUAAUAGCGAUGGAGUGUCCCUGAUUGAGAAUGACACCGAAAACAGCUGGAACUUUGUGUCCUCUCUGUUCUUCACCAGCACCGUGCUGACCACAGUAGGUUAUGGCCACACUGUCCCUCUUUCAGAUGGAGGGAAGGCCUUCUGUAUUUUCUACAUCCUCUUCGGCAUCCCCUUUACCUUCUUAUUCCUCGCUGCUGUGGUGCAGAGGGUCAUGUUCCUGGUGACUCUACAGCCAGUGUCCUACUUCCACCAUCGAAGGGCCAUAUCUAAAUCGAAGGUAGCCAUCAUCCAUGCCGCCUGUCUCACCGUCAUCAUGAUCCUGUUCGUCUUCCUCAUCCCAGCAUGGAUCCUUUCCAGCCUGGAAAAGGACUGGAACUUUCUGGACUCUCUGUAUUUCUGUUUCAUCUCUCUGACAACCAUUGGCCUCGGGGAUUAUGUCCCUGGAGAGACCCACAGUAAAGAGGACAGUCCACAUCCACACCUCUACAGGCUGGCCAUUACAGUCUACUUACUGCUGGGCUUGGUGUGUGUCCUCGUUGUGCUGGAAACGUACUGGGAGCUUCCCUGGAUGAGACGCCUGAGGCAGAGGUUCUACCAAGAAAAUGUUCAGGAGCUGGACUCUGAGACCACCACCAUCAUCGACCAGGAUCACAUGAGCAACCCUUCAGACCCUGUGACCAAUCACCUACCAACCAUUCCAUCUGUGUCACAGCAGGCCGCGUCCCUACAGUAGGACAGCAAGUCAGCAGCUUACAACUAAGCACCAGAAUCAGCUAAAAACAGCCACACACUGUUUUUAAGGGACUUGUCUAUGAACUUUUGUCUCUUAAGUGGCCGGUCAGGAAUUAAUAGCACUGACAUCGGUGUAAAUAUGUACAGUAUGCUGUAUAUGAGCAUAUUGGCACUCUGACCAUGCCAUUAAGAUAAGUCACUUAAUUAGCUUUAAAAGUGAUUUGCCAACAACAAAAGACAUUUGUGGUGUAAAAGCAGGAACCACCCACUGAUUAUCAGGGUGGUAUUAUUUACUUUUUCUCCCCUGUGACUCCAUUCCCUCCAGAUAAGAGCUAAAUCUGUUACUCAGAGGAAAGGCAGAGCCCCCAAGUACAGGGAAACCUCAUGAGUUUCCACUUCCUGCCAAAGUCUUGAUGCCAUCAUUCCAACAUGGCAAAUUUGCUCCAGAGGAUUUUGUACUGGCUUUUUACACAUUAUAUAAACUAUGAUGGUAUUUGCAUAGGAAAUUUGCCUUCUUAAAGCAGCAGCAGGAGAAUCAGAUGCACCGUCAGUUGGCCUAUUGUUCAGUAUGUGUAAGAUGUUCAUGUAGAACAUCAGGUUAUGGUACAGUAACAGCUCUGUUCUCUUACUGGUUGCUUAGAGGUGGUGGUUGGACAGAUUUCACUGUGGUAAUCAUAAUGCAAUAUGCGUCCUGUCAUCACUAGAGGGCAGCACUUCCAUUUUAGAUACAAACAAUGGGUUUACAAUAGGUUUACAUGUUUAGAGAAAUGUAUCUCAUGUUGCUUAGGGCAGUGUUUCUUUAAAAUAUAAUUAAGAUGAUUAUUAGCAAGAUUAUGUCAUUGUUGUUACUUGGGGCAAGUGAGCACAUUGUCUUUCAAAG